AGUACGAAAUACAUUUACACUUUGGACACCGACAUCGGUUCCAUUGGUUUAUGUCACGGGUAACUAUGCGCGGUCGCAAUGUUCUGCAGUAAAAAUGCAGCCCAAUCAUUAUACCAACUUCAAUAAUCAUUAAUUCCGAGUUUAUUUAUUUAUAAUUAUUUUUAAUUACCACCCUAAUUACAUCACACCUUUCCCAAUCUACACAACAUCAUGCAAAAAGACGGAGUAAGAUAUCGCCCUGGCCGAAUUGGCAGACCAUUAGAGGAGGGCUACAAUAAUUUACCCAGCUCAAUUAAAAGAAAAUCUCCACUUUCAAAUGGCACACAACAUCUUUUAUUUGCGUUGACAUUUUUUUUGUUAAUAUCGGUGACUGUAAUAGUAAUGGACAAGCAUUUACCUGAAGGAAAACUGAUUAAAAAUGAGCAUAAGUACCCGGGUAAAUUCAUUGCCGAGAGGGCGAGAAACCACGUUGUCAAUUUAACGUCACUGGGACCUAGAGUAGCCGGUAGUUAUGCUAACGAAGUACGGGCUGUCAAUUACUUGACAGCUGUUAUUAAUGACACUAUAAAACAAGCUAAUGAUAAUCAUAAAAUAGUUAUUGAUGUUACUAAACAUUCGGGUGCAUUUCCUCUUACCUUUUUGGAUGGUAUGACAAAUGUUUAUAGAAAUGUACAGAAUGUUAUUGUUAAAUUGGGCCCAAGAAGAGAUCCAGAACACAGUUUACUCUUAAAUUGUCAUUUUGAUUCAUUUCCUGAGAGUCCUGGUGGAUCUGAUGAUGGUGCUGCCUGUGCUGUUAUGCUAGAAAUUUUGAGAGUUUUAGCUACUAGCUCUAGAUACCUUAGACACAAUAUUAUAUUUUUAUUUAAUGGAGCGGAAGAAAAUUUACUACAGGCAUCUCAUGGAUUUAUAACCCAACAUCCAUGGGCUAAAGAAGUAAAAGCUUUUAUUAAUAUAGAAGCAUGUGGUGCAGGUGGACGAGAAUUAUUAUUUCAAGCUGGUCCUGAUAAUCCAUGGAUUAUUGAAGUAUAUUCCAAAGAGGUUCCAUUCCCAUAUGCUUCAUCUCUAGCUCAAGAAAUAUUUCAAAGUGGAAUUGUGCCAGGUGAUACUGAUUACCGAAUAUUUAGAGACUUUGGCAAAGUAUCUGGUGUUGACUUUGCGUGGACGACUAAUGGCUACGUCUAUCACACCAAGUUUGAUUCAGUGGAACAAAUACCACUUGGAGCACUUCAGCGCACUGGUGAUAAUAUACUCGCAUUAACUCAGGGAAUAGCUACAGGAAAUUAUUUAGGAAAUCCAUUAUUGCAAGACCACGAUGGUAGUCUUGUGUUUUUUGAUUUACUCGGAGCUUUUGUCAUACGAUGGCCCCAAUUUAUCGCCACUAUUAUAAAUAUUACCAGUAUAUUUAUAGGAGCUUAUUCAAUAUAUUUGAAUAUGAAAGUCGCUCGUCAAGAGUUGAAAACUUCGACAUAUUUAAAGCAAAUAUUAAUUUGCGUCUCAAUAAUCUGUGCCUCAUGGAUAAUUUCAAUGAUGUCAGUAACAUUCAUUGCACUUAUUCUUACAAAACUUGAGAAAGUCAUGAGCUGGUACGCUAGACCAGCCUGGUUAUUUUUUCUCUACGUUUGUCCGACACUUGCGGUAUCUAUGCUCUUUUUUAUGUACGCAGCAAAUCGACAAAAACAGGUAAUUAGUACACCUUGGACCUUGUAUCAGUUAUACAGUGAUGCUUAUAGUGUAAUUUGGAUGUCAGUAUUGUUAGCUUGCAUUUUAUUAGAAAUACGUUCAGGUUUUAUACCAUUACAUUGGGUAAUAUUUCCAGCAUUUGGUAAUAUUGUACGACAUAAUCUCUUUGAAAAAUGGAGAGAUUGGAAAUGGCUGUGUUAUCAAGUAGGAAUAUUAAGUUUACCAUACAUGCAGUCAUUUUAUUUAUCAAUAGGCGCACUAUAUUUAUUUAUACCGAUAAUGGGCCGUAUAGGCGCUGGUACCAAUUCCGAAGUUAUAAUGGCUAACAUGUUGUCAAUAUUAUUCUGUUUCUUACUAAGUUUUACGAUGCCAAUGGUAAUAUUAAUUAAAAAUGCUGGACGUGUAAUAAGUGUGAUGAUAGGUUUAUUUUAUUUGUCAGUCGCAGUACUUAUAUUAACACCUCUAGGGUUUCCUUAUAGCGGUGAUGUUUCAUCGCCUGCGCCCCAACGAUUUAUGAUCGCGCAUACUCAAAGACAGUAUUAUGAUGUAGAUGGUAUGCUUAAAUAUUCAGGAACUGGAUAUUGGUUAGUAGAUUUAGAUAUGAAUUCUCCUCAUAGCGUUCAGUCAAUGGUACCUGAAAUAGGUGCUGUACUACCUACUAAUUUAGACUGCGAAGAGCAAUUGUUCUGUGGGUUACCUUAUCUCGUACCAGUUAGAAGAUUUUUAUGGAAAACAAGUUGGAUACCUGGACCAGCUCCCACAAUUAAAAUUCCCACUCAAUUGGAAUUGGUGUCAAAAAUAUCAAGAAAAGAUACGACAACUUUAACGUUUAAUAUAACUGGUCCGGAUCAUAUAGGAAUUAUUUUAUCGCCUUAUCCAGGAGUGCAUUUAAAACAGUGGAAUGUUGUUGGCGGUGAUCCACUAGCAUGUCCCUCGUGGAAUGAUCGUGAAGUUUACUUUAUUUAUUACGCUUGUUCAUCCGACUGUGUUCCUUAUAAUUUUUCAAUAGUCCUUCAAGCUCCCGAAAAUUAUAAAGAACCCGUAUUAACUAUUGCCUUAGCCGGGCACUUUUUGCACGGAGAAAAUCAAAAGUCUCAAAAGUUUGAAAAAUUCCUAAAACAGUUCCCAUCAUGGACAGUAAUCACGCCAUGGACUGCGUCUUAUACUUCAUGGGAAUUUUAAACGUGAUUUAUUUAUUUAUUCAGUACUUUUAAUUUUAAAAAAAUACAAAGAGAUAAAAUAAAGAGAAUAGAAUUAUAGAAUUUUCGAUACAAUGGUUAUUGUAUUAAGUGAUAUUUAAAAUUUAUAAGUAACAAAAGAAUUAAAAUUAAUAAUUUAAUAAUAUACAGACAUAAAAAGCACACUUAGACGGCCUAGAUUAAUUAGUAUUUCAAUAUUAAUGUAAAGUGACAUUUUGUCUGUAAUAUUUACUAUAAAUAUUUACACAAUUUUUUACUAGAACCAUCUUUACUAAAUGGUAAAUUUAAAAUAAUUAAAAUUUAAACUUUUUCAAUAGGUAUUAUAAUAAAAAUUUUCUUAUUAAAAAUUACAAACUCGUUAACGUAUAGUUAACAAACGUAUGACGAGUUAAUUAGCCUGCAAAAUGUGCCGUAUUAAUAUUUAUAUAAAUUUACUAGUAUAUUGAAUUGACCAAAAAAAGGUUUAAAAAAAAAAAGUAAAAGUAAUUUUUUUUUAGUACUUUAAAAUUCGUGAUAGACACCAAACGAUAAUAAUUAUUAUAAAUAAUAAUAUAACACAAGUGCUGCAAUAGGUUUUAGUAUAAUUAUAUUAAUAAUAAUAUUAAUAUUAGCUUCAGAUUAAAUUUUUACUGACUUCUUAAUGCUCCAAAUAAAAUUAUCUCACCAUCUCGUGUAAUGUCAAAUAAAACUAUUAUAUAUAUUCGUAAAAUAAUUACGAAAAAAAAAAUUAAUUAAAUUAUUACACUGUAAGAAAUCGGGAGCGAAUGCGGAUUUUAUUCCAAUCUGAAUUCACGGAGCUUUAAAAAAAAUUACUCCGCAUAAGGAGUCGAUAGGGAGUUUGUUUAUUCAACGGAGUGAUUUCAGAAGGAUCUGGAUUUUAUUUCAAUCCACAUUCACUCCAAUUCGGAAUUUUAAUUUAAAAAUAAAUUCCCCUUGGAGUGAAUUUCACUCCAAGGGAAUUAAAUAAAUAAACAGUGACCGGCUCUGCAAUCACUCCGGAUUUAAUCCGCAUUCACUCCGAAAUUUUUUUACGGUGUAUUCUAAAAAAUAAAAUAGAUACUGAUCUAUUUAAUGCGCUUUCAGUACUCAAUGUAUUGAUGAUUAAAAUGAAUUUUUUUUUAAUUCAUUUGAAUAUUUUUUUUAUUAUUAUUAAAUUUGUGAUUAAAUGAAUUUACUGUGUUAAUUAACUUUGGUAUAUUUAUUAUUAUUUUAUUAUAAAUGAUACAUAUCUUAGUUUUCUUAGAUCAUUUGUUGAUUUUUUUUCUAAUUAAUAUUUAAUUAUAUCUAUUUAUUAUCGACUAUUAAACGAUUUAUAUAACACGCUUGCAACGAAUUAUCGCUUAAAAAAACAAAGAGUAUAUACGUUAAAAAAAAAGUAAAAUUGAUUGAUAAUAUAAAUUUAUUACGUGUAAAUGAAAAAAUUUUUUAUUGUGGCUUUGACGGAGUUUCACAUUAAUAUUGUACUCUAAUUGUUAAAUUAAAAAUAUUGUUAAUAAUUCACAAUAAAAUUUAAAUUGAAUUAUUUAAAAAAAAAUUUUAAGUUAAUUUUUUUUAAUCAUUAUUAAUUUAUAUGUGCAAAUUAUUACACAAUAUUUUAAUUGUUUUAUAAUUGUUUGUAUAGAAUUGUUUGUUGUUAAAUAUUUUACAGGCAAAGUAGGUCAUUUAGUAGUACUAUAGAAAUUAAGUUCCUCUAAUUUCCGGCUCCAUCCGUUUGCGCAUUUCAGUCACAUAAAGAAUUCAAUUAAAAUUGUUAAACUAUCAACAAUCUGCUAAUUAAAAAAAAAAAAAGUUAUUUAUGUAAUCGAGAUUAAAAUAAAAACAACCUUGUAAUUUAUUAAAUA